AUGUCUUUAAACCCAAGCACUCGACUGAAUGGCAUUUUUCAAGAAACCUCGGCCUCUAUUAGCAGUGGAAACGAUGCAUUACGAUACACGGCACCUCGAGAACCUUCACAACAACAGCAGCAACAACAACAGCAAACAGUGGCUCCUGUAGCCUCCUCUACGUCGUCUUCGGUCGUAUACUCUACUAUGGUCUCUUUGUAUCAAUACGACGCUACGGCUCGUAAGUACGUGCAAUUGGGAGCUGCUACAGCUGGAAGUAAAGCUGCUGUAGGCUGUGUUAUUGUCGGCAGGGAGACGUCCUAUAAUUUGCUGUUUUAUAACGCAGCGAAGCAGCAUUUAUGUGCUGUUCCCAUUAAGUUUGGAGCCUUUAAACCGACGCUCCAAGCCAAAAGUUACGUGAAUUUCUACGAUGAACAAAGUGUCAAUUGGUCGGUCAAGUUCUCAGCUGAUGAUCAAGUGGUUGAGUUCAUGCGUCAAGUUUUCUUGGCCAAGAUUCAUAUUGAAAUCUGGGGCAGUGACAAGACCGUGAUCAAGACAAAUCCUAGUGCUUUAAUUCAAGAUGAUUUGGUCUUUGUCAAGCCGGAAACACAACAAGUGACUAGUAAUGAUACAGUUGCAGUAGCAUUUAGUGCGUGGAGAGUUGUCGGCAAUGCCAGCUCAGCACCGGGAGAUGUGGUGACCAAGUACGCACCUUUUGAAAAAGCUGCUGCGGGUGAUUUACGCAAAAUUCGACUUGGAGAAAGCAGUGAACGGAUCAAGGCAUUGGAAGAAGGUAUUGUGGGGAUGAGGAAGGGCGGAAAACGAAUUGUGUUGGCCCCGCCGGGGAAAACAAAUGGACAGGAUUGGUAUCUGCUGGAAAUUGAGUUGUUGAAAACCAAAACAGGAAAUGCGACAAGCCAACGAAAAUCUGUCCCGGCUGCAAAUACAUCUGCAGCAAGCUCAGAAGAAGCAGCUAAAGCAGCUUCCGAUAGGAAGACAACACGACGACGUUCGAGUCCAAACUCUUCCACCGCUACGACAACAUCGUCCCGAUCAAAUACGAUGCGCAGUCUGCAUGAUCGAAAUGACACUGCGAAAAGUGGAGACCUUGUACCAUAUGAUGAAGACGUAAAUAGUAUUGCUGCAAGAAAUGAAAUGGAGCUUAAGGAGCUUCGUAUGUUACAACGUGAGCAACAGCUAGAGCUUCAGGCGCAAGCUCUUGAACGUGAACGGAUGAGUGCUGCUAGAGGUAGUAGUAGCUUCGGGCCUAUGGGCUUUGGUUUAGGUAGUGGCUACAACAGCAAUUUUCCGAGCACAUCGUCGUUGUUCAAUAAUAACGCGCUAGUUGGAGGGCGUCCGGUAGACGCGAUGUUAUCGGAAUUGAACGCCAAGGUGGAUUACCUCAUCCGUAUGGCACCAGCCGCAUCAACUAACUCUGGGUCAGGCAUCGGUGCAGGUCCCAGUGAUGUUGCUGCCGUUAUGCGUGGUGUGGAGAGGCUCGCUAGCGAAAAUGACAGGCUCUUGACUCAGAUCAAUUCGCAACACCAGCAGCAGUCAUCGUACGAAAGGCGUUGUGAGGAGCUAUUGGACCAAAACAGACGUCUACAAGAGGAGAAGCGCACACUGCAGGAACGUUAUCAGUCUGCGGCAAGCUCUCAGCUAAAUGCAACUUCGGAGCUAAGUUCUCUUGCCAGUGCACGGGACGCUGCAGUUACGCAGACAAACCGUUUGCAUGGGGAGUACCAGCAACUAUUGACGGCCUACUACCAGCUCCAGCAGCAACAAGGGCUUAGUAAUGAGACUGAGGAGCACAAGCAGGCAUUAAGUUUUGAACGCGAAGCUCGCUCACGAGCUGAAAAGCAGCUUGCCAAGGAAACACAGGCUCGAUCUUUGGCGGAACAGGAGUUGGCACUUAUGAAGAAACAGCACGACGUGGCUCUGCAAGUGAAAACUUCAGAACUCGCUACUGCGACGGCUCAAUUGGAGCAGCAUGUAAGCUCUCUUCAGGCGCAACUACAGAAGGUAAAUGAUGAAAAAUUACGACUGCAAGCUUAUGCGGAGGAGCAGGCGCAGCAUUUAGUAACGCAAAGUGAGACGAAAGAGCGAGACACACAACAGCAGCUGGAAAAAGUCGUGCAGCAGUUUGCUCAACUGCAGCGAAGGAACGAGGAAUUGACUGGUAAACUGGAUGUGUACUCGGUGCGUGUUCAUGAACUGGAGACGAACCUUGAGUCUAAGGCAGCAACCCCGGAUGCAAAUAAUACUGAGGCGGCGAGCUUAUUAGCAGCUGAAGAGAAACGUCUUUUUGUGGAGCAGAUAGACCUGUUGCAGCAAAAGGUUAAAGAUCUGGAGCAUGAGAUGUAUGAGCAAGUGCAUCAGACUCUGGAGUCUGGUCGCAUGUCAGUAUCUGGGUCUACUCCUCAGAUGGGCUUUGAGGGUGAGUGCGAGAACUGUGCGUCAGUGAAGGAGCGUGAGCAGGCAGCAUCGCGUGCUGUGGCCACCACGGAAGCGAUAAAGCGCGAGGCGCAGGAUAUGUUAGCUGUUGCCACGCAUACUGAAGGAGAUGCCGAGGAGCGUGAGAGGCUGGUGGCUCUUUUCAAAGAGUCUGUAAACGAGAUGUUUUUCCGCUUCCAAGACGUGUUUGAAGAAGAAACAGCUGUGGAUGGUAAACAAGUGCUCACAGCUAUUCGAAAGGUGUUGAAGUCAAGCACGAAGACUAUUAUUCAGCAGCUACAGGUCGCCGCUCCUUCUCAAGAGACUGAGAUAACUAUGGAGAGCGAUAGCAACAUGAGCGAUGGCCCUCCGCCACCUCCGCUGCAAGAUACUUCCGUUGUUCAGGCUGUUACAGCUGUUGAAAGUGAUGCCGAGACCAUCGCUAUUGACGCAGCAAUUGAUCCGACCAAGGAAGAACGGCAUGGGGACUAUGAGGAAAAACCAUUGCCUGUCAUUGCUACAGCUUCUGACAAAGUAGAAAAGCCAAGUUCAGCUGUUGCAGAGGAAGUUUCGAGUGCCACAUUAGUCGAAGCUCCCUUUUUCGCCCCAUCAGCUUCCGAUUCUGAUCAAGUGCACUAUCUAUCGAGUAACGAGAGCGAAAGCGUUUCAGAAUGUCAAGGAUAA